AGCGAAAAGUCAUGUCCAUAAAAAAAAUACCAUCACUGGCCAGGAAAAAUCACGAGCAACGGGAGAGUUCGACUACAAUAACAAAGAAUAUUCAGGACGGAAAAAUAGUAUUUUUCCGGUGAAAAUUACAGCUUAAGAUGGUUCAGGAUACAAAUUUUAUUUGUCCACGGAUAUACAACGCCUGUAGGUUAUGCAAAAUUCGCGGAAAUCAACUAAAUAAAAUCAACCAAGUGAUAUCCGAUAAAAUUUACGAAUGCACCACAUUAAAGAUCAUCUCGACCCCACAAUGUAAGGCGUUCAUCUGCGAUGGCUGCAAGGCGAAGAUCGACGAACACUAUCAAUUCAAAAUGCAAUGCAUAAAGAAUGUCAAUUUGCAACGGUUUAAUAAUGGCACAAUCGGACCUAUAGCUGAGACUCCGGGCAGUAGCACUGAAGGCAGUGAGCCAACUGCGACAGCCAGUGCACUAGUGGAAGCUAUCCCUAGCAGCAGCAGUAAAGCAGACUAAGAGGCCGUGGAAAGCUUUGUCUCGGUUGAGGAGUGUUAACUAUUAGUGAAGAAGAAUUGUUUACGAGUUUUAUCUUUAUUUAGACUUAUUAUAUUAUACGUUUGUUCGUUAGUGCUUUCGCCCGGAAAGGCACCAUUUCUCUAAGGAACAGUUCAUACUGAUUGUGAUAUAUGUUGGGCGUAGGAUUGUUCGGCCAAAUGAUUCGAAUUCUUAAAUUCUCUAGUCCCACUUUACAUCUGGUCGAAUACGAUACAGACGAGCUGAAUAUUUUACUGGCCUGCCGCAACCAAAAAUAACCGAUAGAGAUGCUGUAUAUACAGAAACCCUGCGGAGAUAUUGAGUAUAUGUUCUGCAGUGUGCAUAGACAACUAAGUCCUAAUUCUGAGUUUUGAGAAUAAAGUUUUGUUAUUAACUAACGGAAA